AUGUUGUUGGCAAAAGCUUGGCUACAAAUUUCAGAAGAUAGCAUUACUGGAAGUCAACAACGUGAUAAAGAGUUCUGGAGACGAACUACUGCAUACUAUGAAAAAAGCAACACGUCGAACGUUGCAAGAACUCAAGCCAACCUCAAAACGCAUUGGCAUUACAUGAACCCAUUUGCAGUUGCAUUUAAUCAAAUGUAUAUAGUGUUGAAAAGUCAACACCUCAGUGGAUGGUUCACUGCAUCUGGGGCAUCUAUGUCUUCAUCAAAUACGGAAUCUUUCAUUAACCUGGAUAAUGAUGAAGUUACAACUCGUCCAAUUGGUAGGAAUGCAGCAAAAAAAGCAGCAAAAGGGAAAGCUACCAAUUCCACUUCGUCAUCUGGUAAUAGGCUUGAUGAAAUACUUGAAAAACAUAUAGAAGAAAAUAAAAAGACUUUUGAACGCUAUCAAAACUCUUUGGAUAUGAAAAAUGCAUUGAAAGAAAGAAAGAUGAAGAUUAAAGAAGAAAAGGUAAAGAAUGAUGAAAUUUCAAUCAUUUUCAUGGAUCCCACUACCAUGUCGGAAGAUGGACGUGAAAUUUGGAGAAAUCGUUGUGACGAGAUUAAGAUAAAAUACAAUAUGAAGUAA